UUUGCUCGAUUAGAUUCUUCAUCAGCAGUUGCGCAUUGUUUUGGUGGUUCUUAGCACCUCACUUCACUGCAUUCAUUCAAUUUAUUCUCAGAAAAGCUGAAAAUGUGACAGCGAAAAUAAAGAGGUAGAUAAACGCAGUUAAAGUUUUACAGGUAUGUUUGUUAGCUAAAUACGUUCGAACGUUCGAAGCUCAAGCGUUCAAACUGCAACAUGGGUUCACAAGCAACAACAAUAACAGGCAGGGGGCGGGUACGCUUAUUGCUAACUGGCUAGCUACCUAAGUUAGUUAGUUAGCUUGCUAGCCAUACAUACACACGUAGCCCAAGACAAAUAUAUUGUAGAAGUGCAAGGCAAGCCAUUAUUUACUGAUUAUUAAGGGCUACCUUUAUGUAAUGUUAAAGACUGCAUGUAUUCCUUGCAAUUUAAGUUUGAUAGGCAGCUAGUCAGCUGAAUCCGCUAGCUUGCUAACGUUGGUAGUAAUUUUAGCAAGCUUGCUAACUAGCUACCAAAUAUUAUACAGAACUAACCCUGUGGCUGUCUACGUUAUGUAAACUAGUUAAAUGUCAGGACCUGAUAACUUUAUAACUUUACCAUAACGCUAGACUAGAAUAGUGACAAUUUACAAGAUUCUGCGUUAGUAGCUACCUGAGUCGACAUUAGCUACAGUACAGUAACUAACUGUAAUAUUUGUUAUGAUGGAUUGGUGACCAAAAUAACAGCUAUGCCUGCUGUACCAAAACAUCUUACUUAGCUAUAUCCAACUGUUCAUUAUUGACAGCUACACACGUGCCUAAAAUUGUUCAUUUCUAUAAUAAUCUAUUUCUGUUUUCUAAGUUGGCCUUCUAGAACUCAAUUUAUCGUCCUUGUUUAUGUCUGCUCAUCUACCAUUGAGGCUUUUGUUCAACCCUUCCAUCUCAAAUAAACCAGGAGCAUCAUCCCUGCCCCAUGAGCAGCGAGCUGGGCUUUCUGCCUGCCAUGUACCUAUUCCCUGGCUUAAUCAAUGUCCCUGAAAUGGGGAUCAAUAUUGGCCCUGCAAAUACCCGUCAACACCUGCCGGGAGUGUCGCCUCCAAGCACGAGUUGGGAGAGAAGAUGCCUGAGAAAGCACAGGAGGAGAACAGAUGAUGAAGGAUGCAGUGCCAAAAAGAGGAGGCUGAUGGGAGAUGCAGGAUGCGAUCCUUUGGAUGACCUCAGCCAUAAUGUGUGUCAGAUCUGGCCACCAGGCAACAAUGGCCCCCCUCUACCUGAAUCAGCCAGCCAAGCACCUCCCCAGCACUGCCUGGGGACUCAGAACCUGGGGCUGCCCAUAUCCGGGUCUCCCUCCCGUCUGGUCCGUCCAGAAGCAGAAGGCUCCUGCAUCGAGGUGGAGUCUGCUCAUAGAAGACUGCAGGAGAUUGAGGAAAGGAUCAGUCUGGAGGAUGAUGAUGAUGACCUGGAUGUGGAGCCAGCACCCAGGCGGCCAGUGCUGGUGAUGUCUGACAGUCUGAGGGAGGGGCUUCAGCGUGGCAUCAGUGACAUUCUCCCCCACACUGUGGCCCAGUCUGUGAGCCACUCCUGUAUGGAGCUGGUAGUAUGGCGCCUCCCAGAGGAUGCACUGGCUCGAAAGCUGAAAGACUCCCUGCAGAGGAAGCAGCAGACUACCAGCAGGCAGCCCCCGACCCCCAGUGCCCCUACCACUCAGAUUCCCCUCACCCCCACAAACCCCUCAGGGGAGACGUACUCCCCUCUGUACUGCAGCCCAGGGGCCGGGGCCCACAGCUCUGGAGAGGAGGACAUGGAGCUGUAGGGCUUUUGAGACCCAGCAUCAGGAAUGCCCAGAGUAGCUACAGGUCUCAGCCUUGGUUCACUUGGUUGGACCCUCAGAGAAGCCAUGGAGAGACAGAAAAAACUGCAUAGACAGAUCCAAAACUUCACAGUGAUAUGAACGUCUGCUUUGGAUCAAGACCAGGCUGUUGGGCAGCAUGGCACAUGUAUACCACUUGGCCAAAAGAGGGCAAGUACCCACUUUCUUUGUGUUACAGUCAGAUAAUACUGGAUGUAAAUAGCAACUGUCUCUAAAAAACAACUUCUCAUUUAGAAAACAGCCCUAUGUGUCAUCAAUAUGAGUCAGAAACAUGUAUUCUACUGUCAGAAUUGACUACAAAGUGUAAAUAAACCCAGUCUCAUCAAAAAUAGACUUGUGGUCGUGACUGCAUCACAACGUAAAUGAAUGUUGGGUUUGUUGUCGUUUUUUUCUUCUUACCCAGAGUGGGACGAACUCAUGGAUACAAUUUUUAUGUCUGCGUGCAGUUUGGAGAUGAUGGAAGUUAGCAUGUCGUUAUCUUUUUUUCUGGAAGUCUCCAGGUCAGAGUAUGUGAGCGGAGCUUGAGUGGACUGAGGAGCUGACCGUGCCCAUUUGACUGGAGCAUGGAGUGAGAUUCCCAAAGGCUGGAGCGUCAGCCUUCUCGCUCCAAUAGCGCUCACUUCACGAGCUCAGGACAUGCCAGCACGCAUUUGUAUGCUACUUGUGUGCUGCUAUAUACCCUUGCUUUAGCUACUGUCAUGGAGUUCACUAAAUAAUUUCAUAAAGAAACUGAUAAAACACACAGGUGCAAAAUCAAGGUGACUUACAAAGAUGAGGAGCAGGAAAGGUAGUGCAGUGAUGUAGUGUCCUCAACUAAAGAAUCAUUGUGGAAUCUGAAAAGACACGUAUCCCAAAAGCAUGAUGGUGUACCUACUAUGUGCACAUGCUAACAGAAAGGAACGAGGUGGGUAGCUGGCAAAGUGUGUCAUUGUAGAAAAGUAUUUAUAAACAAAAACUCUGAUCUCUUAAAUGUUUUGUAAAAAAAUUAUAUUAUCUAUAGAAUAGGCCAUCGUUGAUUUUGGUCCAAUAGGCCUGGCAUAUUCCCGCUUUCAAGGAGCUUUCUGUUUUGACUGGGUUAUUUUGCCUGAACCUUUAGGCCUACCUAUAUAUUUAAAAAAAAUACAUCUCUGCCCAGCCUGGCAAUAGUGGCCAAAAGGGUGUUUAGCAUCCCAGUGGCUCUGCAACCGCUGAGAGGAUAUUCUCCGCUGCUGGCAUGCUCUCCAGGCACUAUCGCAUGAUCCUGAAGCCACAAACUGGCCAAUCUCUUGUUUCUAAAAAUUAAUUCAAAGGCACUGAGUCAAAUAAGGCAUUUUUAUUUAAUUUAUAUUUCAUUCUAAGUAAGUCACAGCCAAUAUGCACAAUUUAAUGGCUAUAAUGAUUUAAUACAAUGAAAUACUGAGCGCUUUAUGUCCCUACCAGCCUAGUGUUGCACUCGCAAAUGCUUCACAAUGUAUUUCUUUGUAGGCUAUAGCCUUGAAAUAAUAAAAAUAAUAUAGGAGUGCCAGAGCGACUGCACACCUCAGCUCACAUAUUCUGCUCCAGGUAGUACAGUAGCCAGCUCCUCACAACAGCAGGGAAAUAGACCUUCUAACUACUCUAAAGUUGGGUGAUGUUGGUCAUUUUCAGUGCCUUCAGAAAUUAUUCACACCCCUUUACUUUUUACACAUUUUAUUGUGAUAUAGCCUGAAUUGAAAAUGGAUUCAAUUGAGAUUUUGUAUCACUGGCCUACACAUAAUACCCUACCUAUCAUGUCAAAGUGGAAUUAUAUAUAUAUAUUUUUUACUUUUACAAAUUAUUACAAACAUUCAAAGCUGAGUCAAUAAGUAUUCAACUGCUUGGUUAUGGAUAGCCUAUAUAAAUUCAAGAGUAAAAUGUCACAUAAUAAGUUGGAUGGACUCUGUGUAAUCAUAGUGUUUACAUAAUUUUUGAAUGACUACGUAAUUUCUCAUAAUACUCAUAAUUAUCUGUAAGGUCCCUCAGUCGAGCAGUGAAUUUCAAACAAAGAUUCUAAUGAAGGUCACCUAUUGGUAGAUUGGUAAAAAAUUAAAAAGCAGACAUUGAAUAUCCCUUUGAGCAUGCUGAAGUUAUUCAUUACACUUUGGAUGGUGUAUCAAUACACCCAGUCACCAAAAAGAUACAGGGGUCCUUCCUAACUCAGGUUCCGGAUAGGAAGGAAACCGCUCAGGGAUUUCACCGUGAGGCCAAUGGUGAUUUUAAAACAGUUUCAUGGCUGUGAUAGGAGAAAACUGAGGAUGGAUCAACAGCAUUGUAGUUACUCCACAAUACUAACCUAAAUGACAGAGUGAAAAGAAGGAAGCCUGUACACAACACAAAUAUUCCAAAAUGUGCAUCCUGUUUGCAAUAAAGUAAAACUGCAACAAAAAAAAUGUGGCAAAGAAAUGAACAUUAUAUCCUGAAUACAAAGUGUUAUGUUUGGGGCAAAUCCUCUUUAGGUUGUUCCUCUUACCACUCUUUUCAAGCAUUGUGGUGGCUGCAUCAUGUUAUGGGAAUGCUUGUCAUCGUCAAGGACUAGGGAUUUUUUUUAGGAUAAAAGAAACGGAAUAGAGCUAAGCAUAGGCAAAAUUCUAGAGGAAAACCUGGUUCAGUCUGCUUUCUAACAGACACUGGGAGACAAAUUCACCUUUCAGCAGGAUAAUAACCUAAAACACAAGGCCAAAUAUACACAAGUUGCUUACCAAGACGACCUUGAAUAUUCCUGAGUGGCCUACUUACAGUUUGGACUUAAAUCAGUUUGAAGAAUUUAAAAAAGAAUAAUAUGCAAAUAUUGCACAAAUACCCAGAUGUACAAUGCUCUUAGAGAAUUAAUUGGCAAACAUUUUGAAAAACAUGUUUUCACUUUGUUAUUAUGGGGUAUUGUGUGUAGAUGGGUGAGGAACUGUUGAAGGAUUUUUAUCAAUAAUGACUAAAUAAUGUAUACAUUUGGUGAAGAGUUAUAACUUACAGAUUUAUAUGCUGUCUGUGGAAGAAUAUGUUGGUACAUAGGCCAAGAGGAAGGGUCAACAGACAACUCGUGAUCACAGUGAAACUAACAACAGGAAAUAUGUCUGGUCCCCAACCAGGGAGGGGAGAAACCGUUGGGCGUGCAGUAGAUUGUGUAACAUAUGGUAACAUAAGAUAAGCUAUGUGUUGGAAUGGAAUUGAAAAGCAGCUUUGUCAUUGUCUUAGAGGAGGAGGGACAUUUAUGACAAUGAGAGGUAUAUAAACCAAUGUACAUGGAAUGAUGGGUAGAGCUCUUGGGAAUAAACACUAUUGAUUAAUAUUGAGACUGAUCGUUGUCUAUUUUCGGCAAAUAAGAACCUUACAAAUUCUUAGAAACGGACAAAGUGUUUUGCUUUGUUAUAAUUGAAUUGGUUAAUGAACAUAUUGGAAUUGAAUUCCUCUAACAGGAACACAAAUCAAUUUAAAUUUCUGCUGUAACAACAAAAUGUGGAAUGUCAAGAGUUAUGAAUACUUUCUGAAGGCACUGUAUAGUCAAAGCUAUAAAUGGUCAUCAAUAUUUUACAAAUGAAUGAGGCUAGCAUGAAAGUAGAUAAAGAGCUUCAUUGCCAAAAUCUUGAACUAUCCCUUAAAUUAAAUGUAUUUACUGAUAAUUAGAAACAAUAUUCUAUCCAUUUCCUCAUUCUGUCCCGUUGUCGCACAAAGAUGUAUAGAGAUAACGUUGUAUCUGUCCCAUUAUGUCGUCUGAGUGUACGGGCAGCGCCAUUUAGACAGAUACAACGUUGUUACCUCUAUGCGACAACGGGACAGAAUGAGGAAGCAAACCUCGUUUCUUAUGAUUAUCAGUCAAAUUCAUAAAUUCAUAAAAAUAUUGAUUAAAUGUUGUAAAACUAUAAAUUACCAAACACCCAGCUUUGGAGUAGCUAGGUCUAUUUCCCUGCAUUUGAGAGGAGCUGGCAACUGUACCUGCAGACUUACAGCAAUUGUGCUAAGCUAACGAUAUGCUAACUUUAAUGAACUCCAAACUGCAUGCAGAGACUUAAAAAUGGUAUCCAUGAGUUCAUCUAACUCUGGGUAACUAGAAAAAAUGACCUACAUCUUGCAGUACCCCUUUGUCUACUAUGAUCCAGGAAAAUAUGUAAUUGGAAAAAUUAUAGCAAGGACCACAAAGCCACAGUAAUUUUAUAAAGGCACCUUUUAAAGGGAUCGUUUGUGAUUUUGGCAAUGAAGAUCUUUAUCUACUUCAGAUUAACUCGUGGAUACCAUUUCUAUGUCUGCGUCCAGUAUGAAGGAAGUUAGAGGUAGUUUCAUGAGCCAAUGCUAACUAGCGUUAGCGCAAAGACUGGAAGUCUUUGAGAUCAGCCUGCAUGAAAGUAGAUAAAGAGCUUCAUUGACAAAAUCCUGAACUAUCCCUUAAAUUAAAUGUCUAUGUUGAAGCUUUAAGACCAGUGGCAACACAUGUCAAGCAGCAUUUCUGAUGUUUGGGAAUUGUCUAGUACCUUAUGUUCUAACUCUAAUGUAAAGAACGGUUUCAUAGCAGACUGCUUAGCCUAUUUGGAGAAGUCUCUGUUUUGUUGUAGUUACAUUAAAUGCAAGUAAAUAUGAUCUGUGCUUAGCCAAUGCAUUGGUUUACAAAGACAAGGAUGUAAUUCAUUCGACUUUAUUCAAAGGGAAGAAGGGGCAUUGAGCUCCGAUAAUGUCAGUAUGAAAGUUUUAUACUCAUCUUUUAGCCCCAGUUGGGUUAUGUUUUUUAGAACAGUUACUGUUUAAAGGUGGUUUGGUCCUUGUUUCCGCAUUCAAGAAUAAAGUUGGUCUUCCUACAAUAAUGUGAAAAAUAAUGAAUGUACUAAAAUUCACCAUCAUUGUACACUUGAUUGUAUCCUCUCAUAUGCACCUUAACAGAAACAUUGGCUAGUUGAGUGGCUAGUUGAACUUUAUCUGUUUCUAAAUAAAUUCUUUAUUGCUUA